AUGGAACAUUCACGUGAUAGGGCUGCUGGCGGAUCUAUAAACAGUCCUCCAUGGUUCGAGGGUGGAUGUGAAAAAUAUACUCAGUGGAAAAUCUACAUGAAAUCAUAUCUCUAUGCUCAAGAUGAACAUGUGUGGAAUAUUGUAGAAAAUGGUUGGACUAUACCUAUGGUAAAGGCGAAAGGAGAAAGCUCCUCCACUUCCACUCCCAAACCAAGGAAGGAUUGGACUGAUGAAGAAGUUCGUGAUUUGCAAGCAGAUUUCAAGGCUAAGAACAGUAUUUUCACAGCCCUAUCUGAACGAGAAAAAUUGAGAAUCAGUCACUGUGACACUGCCAAGCAAGCAUGGGAUCUUCUACAGACUACGUAUGAAGGAAAUAAGAAGGUACGUGCACAGAAACUGCAAGCACUGAUAUUUGAAUUCGAAACCAUGACUAUGGGAGAUGAUGAAACCGUGGAUGAUUUUCAUGGUAGAAUUCUUAAAAUCUCUGGUCAGUGUCGUAGUCUGGGAGCACCUUUUGAUGAAGAUAAGAUAGUUAAAAGGAUACUCAGGGCCCUGCCAGAAAAAUUUCACUCAAAAGUCACUAGCAUAGAGGACUCUUUUGACAUUGACGAGUACCCACUCGAUGAACUCAUUGGAAAUCUUAAAACCUAUGAGAUGAGGUUAAAACCUGAGAAGAAAAACAAGGGUGUAGCCUUCAAGGCAAUGAAAGGAACAGAAGAUGAAGAGGAAACACAAGAUCUAGCCCUACUGACAAAGGAAUUCAAAAGAUUUCUCAAAAGCAAGAACUCUUCUAGGAAUUCGACUGUGCCUAGAAAAAAUAAUUAUACCAGCAGUGGUAGUUACAAUGACUACAACAACAAGAGUGGAAAAGGGAACUUCAAAGGAAAUCACUCAGGAAAACCUAAGUGCUAUGAAUGUGGUGGCUACGGUCACAUCUCUACCGAGUGUGGAAAUAGGAAGCAUGAAAAUAGCAACAACAAGUCUCUACUUUCAACUUGGAGUGAUGAUGAGUCUCAAGAAAUUGAAAACGUAGCACUUGUAUCAUCGUUUCUACCUGAUUCAGAUAGUGACGAGUCUUUCUCUGCUGAUGAUGAAACAAAUAUCCGCUGCAGACAACUCUACAAAGCUUCAAAGGCAACCUUGCUAAAAAACUUGAGCUUGGAAAAAGAAGUUGAUUUUCUGAGAACUGAGAAAGAAAAAUUGGAGCAAUUAUUGGAAUCAGCAAAUUUACAAAGUGAAGCAGCAGAUUUACAAGGUGACCAAGGAUUAUUGACUUGGAAGACUGAAAGAAAUGAGCGUCUCAACAAGAUAAAACUGCUGGAACUGGACGUUAAAGGACAACGAGCAUUGAACUUGGAACUGUUGGCUAAAAACGAGGCAUUGCAAGAAGAGUUAAAAUCGACUCAAGAAAGAUUCACCAAAUUUGAUGUCAGCUCCAUUGCCAUGUCCAAAUUACUCGGAUCUGGAAAGGCUCCUCAUGAUACUUGUGGGUUAGGAUACACUGGGGAAAAUUCCAAAUGUACCAAGUUCGUAAGAGCAUCAAGACCAACUGUAGAAAAGGAAGAAAUCUCCACUGAUGAUUCUGUCAAAAAUGUGAAGGAAGGACAACCAAAUCAAAACCUUCAAGUAAAUCGUGACCAAGAGUCUCACACUGGUCAGAACAGGUACGCAAACCCUAGACCUUUUAUCCCUACAUGUCAUCACUGUGGUAAGAUAGGCCAUAUCAGACCUAGGUGUAAUGGAAGAUUUUCAAACUCACAGCACUCUCAAGAAAAAUACACUGUUGAAUCUCUAAGUUUUGAACUUAAAGAACAAAAAGAGCUCAUCAACAAAUUAACAGAAAUUGUUUCGAAGAAAAACCUUCCAACUGACAAAAGAAAAGUUGUCUGGACCAAGAAAAAUGAAAGUAAAUGUCUUCAGUCUUAUAUUGAUAAAACUGAUCAUACUUGUCUCUUUGCUUGUGCAAACAAAACUCGACAAAGAUCUCACAUUGAGGCAUCUUGUUUAGUAGCCCUGACUGCAUUAGCUGACAAAAGACGAGAUUUCUGGUAUGUUGACAGUGGCUGCUCUAGACACAUGACUGGAGACAAAACCUGGUUUACUUCUUUUGAAGAUGAGAACACAACAGGAUCAGUCACAUUUGGAGAUGGAAGAAAAGCAAAUAUCCUAGUGCAAGGUACAGUGAACACCCCAGGUAUACCUAAUCUCAAAAAUGUGCUAUUUGUUGAAGGCUUAACUGCAAAUCUGAUUAGCGUAAGCCAUUUGGCUGACGACUAUGAAGAUGUAUGGUUUAACAAACAGAGAUGUUUAGUCUUAAAUCAGAAAGGAGAAGGUAUCAUGGGAGAGGAAACCUUUGAACUCUGGCACAAAAAGAUGGGACAUGUAAACUAUCAAGACUUGCUAAAAUUAUCCUCCAAGCAAUGUGUCCGAGGCUUACCAAAUUUAAAGGGCAAAACUGACAAGAUAUGUGGAGACUGCAAAAUUGGAAAGCAAACCAAGGCUCCUCACAGGAUGGUGAAUUCUGCAACAACCACAACAGUCUUGGAACUUUUACACAUGGAUCUCAUGGGACCAGCUCAAUCUGAAAGCAUUGGAGGUAAGAGCUACAUGCUAGUAGUUGUAGAUGAUUUCUCAAGAUACACCUGGGUAAAUUUCUUAAAAGAUAAGACGGAAACGUUUGAAUCUUUUAAAAACUUGAGUCAAAAAUUGAUCAUUGAAAAGAAGUCAUCAAAUACUAGCAUAGUGAGGGUAAGAUCGGAUAAUGGUACUGAAUUUAAAAAUGCCUCUUUCUCUAACUAUUUUCAUGAGCUUGGUGUGUCUCAUGAGUUCUCAGCUCCAAUCACUCCACAGCAAAAUGGCAUUGUGGAAAGGAAAAAUAGGGUAUUGCUGGACAUGGCUCGAGUAAUGUUGCAUGCUGCAGGUUUAAGCACAAACUUUUGGGCUGAGGCUAUCAAUACUGCUUGUUAUACUAUAAACAGAGUAUUUUUCAGACCAGGUACUGAUCAAACAGCUUAUGAGCUGUGGAAAGGUAAAAAACCAAAUGUUGGAUACUUUCAUAUUAUUGGCAGCCCUUGCUACAUUUUACGUGAUAGAGAGCAUCUUGGAAAAUUUGAUGCUAGAAGUGACGAUGGUGUAUUCUUGGGAUAUUCUCUAAACAGUAGAGCUUAUAGGGUUUACAAUAAAAGAACCCGCGUUGUUAUGGAAUCCAUUAAUGUUUCUAUUGAUGAUCAAUGUGUAAAACAGGAAGAAUCAUAUGCAGAUCCAUCACCCUCCUCUAUCACACCACCAGAAAUUGCAGAAGCCUCAACUGAUGAAGAGGAAGAGGAGAUCCCCGACAACAUUUUUGAACCAGCUCCCAUCCAAAGGAAAGGAUUCAAACAAGUUCAAAAGGACCACUCCUCUCAAGAUAUCAUCGGAAAUCUGAAAGAUGGAUUGACAACAAGGAGAAAAGCUACAGCUCAGGUAAGUAAUUCUGAGGUAAGUGAAAGAAAUGUAUUGCUAUGCUUUAUUACUGAAAAUCUGCUAAGCAUGAACAUUAUAUCUCAUUUUGGUUUUGUGUCUAUUGUUGAACCAAAAAAUAUUAAGGCAGCUUUAUUGGAUGAUAACUGGAUUAGUGCCAUGCAGGAUGAGCUAAAUCAAUUUACUAGGAAUGAUGUGUGGUACUUGGUACCUCGACCUAGUAAAUGCAAUGUUAUAGGAACUAAGUGGAUUUUCAGAAACAAAAGUGAUGAAAGAGGGAAUGUGGUUAGAAACAAAGCUCGACUAGUAGCUCAAGGAUACUCUCAGAUUGAAGGUCUUGACUUUGACGAGACAUUUGCUCCUGUGGCUAGAUUAGAAUCAGUUAGAUUACUCCUUUCCAUAGCUUGUCAUCUUAGGUUCAAAUUGUUUCAAAUGGAUGUCAAAACUGCUUUUCUAAAUGGGAACCUUCAGGAAGAAGUUUAUGUGGAACAACCACCAGGUUUCCAAGAUCCACAUAACUUAGAUCAUGUCUACCGUCUCAAGAAGGCUCUGUAUGGGCUAAAGCAGGCUCUCCGAGCCUGGUAUGAGAGGCUCUCCACUCAUCUUGUGGGAAAAGGGUAUGCUAGAGGGUCUAUUGAUAAAACAUUGUUUGUAAAACGAACCAAAAAUGAUAUUAUCAUUGCCCAAGUGUAUGUUGAUGACAUUGUUUUUGGUUCCACUUCUAGAUAUCUUGUCAAAGAGUUCCAAUCUAUCAUGGAAAGUGAGUUUGAAAUGAGUAUGUGUGGUGAACUAACUUUCUUUCUUGGACUGCAAGUAACGCAGAUGGACACUGGUUUAUUUCUCUCUCAAACAAAAUACGCUGAAAAUCUAAUCAAGAAAUUUGGUCUUGAAUCUAAGAAGACAGUGAGCAAUCCCAUGAGUACCACUAUUAAGCUGAGCGAAGACCAGGAUGGGAAAUCAGUUGAUCACACACUAUAUCGCAGUAUGAUAGGUAGUUUACUCUAUCUCACUGCCAGCAGACCUGACAUAUCUUACAGUGUAGGAGUGUGCGCACGCUUUCAAGCUAAUCCUAAAGAAUCACACUUAGAAGUUGUCAAGAGAAUCAUUCGCUAUAUAUCAGGUACAGUUAACUGUGGGAUUUUCUAUACCUUUGAUACUAACGUGGAAAUUGCAGGAUAUUCUGAUGCUGACUGGGGUGGAAACUUAAAGGAUAGAAAAAGUUCUUUCACAUCCUCUUCUCUAACCAUGGUUCGCACAAAGCAAACAACUCGACUUGGUGGACAUCGCCGCCUGCCUCCUCCAGAGGAAGGCCGUCAGGCCGCUGCCCGAGCCGGUAUUCUCCAUCCCGGCAUGCAACGUGAACGCAGUCGGAGCCCCCUUCUUCGCCUCUCCUCUUCUGGUGCCUCUUCUGCUAUUCCUCCUCCUCCUGUCUCUCUGGAUAGUCUCCGUGACCAGAUCUUGGUGGCUGACUGGCGAAUUGCUUGCCUUACUACGGACAUGGACGACAUGCAUUCCCUUCUAGUUCGUACUCGACAUGCUCUGACCACACUCACACAGGAGAUCCGGAACAUGCAGCGUCACCCUCCCGGGUUUGACGCUCCCCGUCCUUCCAACGUCAGGCCGGAACCUCUUACACCGGAGGAGAGCUCCGCUUCCAUGGAUGACGAGGAGUUUCUGGACAACGUCACCAAGCUUUGUGAGGAAUUUGAUGUGCCUUCCCAUUCAAAGGGGGAGAAGUAA